UCAAGGAGUGAACACUAUGAAGACAACUGCGUUACUUUUUGCAGUAUUCUGCAUCAACCUGUGCGUGGCGCAAGGUGAUUCUGCCGCGGAUGGAGGUAAUGCGACCUCAGGUGGGACUGUUCACAUCUGGCGCGACGGGCUGGAGCAAUGCGCGCACACCGUGGUGGUGCCCAGAACAGACCCGGAGGCGUGUCCGGGAGGGAAGGGUGUAGUCGUCUUCUUACAGGACCUGAAAACUGCCGUGGAUGACUUGACGACACGCCUCACAAGAACAGAGAACAGACUGGAGGCUAUAGAGAAACAGUUCCAGAAAGACCAAGUCCAGGUCUACUCCAGCCUUACUAAGGUGCUCCUUCAGGAAAAGGAAAACUUCAAACAGAUCCGCCGCAACACAGAAGGAAUCUACUCCCUGGUGCAGGCGUCUGCGGAAAGGGAAGACACCAGGACUAGUACUGAUGGGGAGGAGGAACAGACUGACGACGCGGAUCCGGAAGGGUACGAGAUAGAAGAUUGUUCAACCCUUUUCCGCUCCGGCACCACAGUAAGCGGGAUUUACAGCGUGAGUCCAGGUCCCAGACAGAUGGAAGUCUACUGUGACAUGGACACGUCAGGGGGCGGUUGGACUGUGUUCCAGCGGCGACAGGACGGGUCGGUUCCCUUCAACCGGACCUGGGAGGAGUACAGACAGGGGUUCGGGAACAAGGACGGGGAAUACUGGCUCGGGAACGACGUCCUUCACUUCCUGACGUCACAGCAGAGCUACAAAUUAAGGAUCGAUCUCGAGAGUUGGCAAGAAGAAAAACGCUUUGCAGAGUACAACACCUUCAGGGUUGGAAACGCGGAGCAGAAUUACAGACUAGAGGUGUCCGGUUACCAAGGCAACGCCGGGGACUCCAUGACCAUCAACAACGGGAUGAGCUUCUCCACCAUCGACAAGGACAACGACGUGUUGCGGGGGAGCUGCUCCCAGCACCGCGGGAAGGGAGGCUGGUGGUUCCGGGCCUGCGGCUCGGCGCUCCUGAACGGCCGGUACCUCGGCAACUGCGGCAGCUCCUGCCUGCACAGCCAGGGGGUGCUGUGGGGGCUCAUGACGCAAUCUCUGAAAUCUGUGUCGAUGAAAAUCAGACCACAGUCGCAGUAAACCAUACUUACUUCGUAUCAUGAAAGUUCAUCUGUGUUGGUAGUUACAUGUUUAAAGUUGAAACCAGAUACCAGAUAUCUACCAGAUACCUUU